UGCGUUUUGGAGCCCUGGUUGUCGUGUAUGUAAGUACACACGGACCACCCGUGUGCGAUGAACUGCCUGGCAUCAACUGCCCGAUUUCUCAACGUUCCACGACCGCAAUUAGGUGUCUCGCAUAGUUCUCGUCUUCAUCACCGAUGACAUGGGAACAACACCAUGGCCCGGGUCUUGUCCGCGUACAUACACUAUGUACUCUAGAUAGGCCAAGUCGGCGGCCGGCAGGUUCAGCUCGCUAGGCCCUGUCGGGAAGUUCCCCACUUCGGAUCGGCACUCUGGAUCUCGAGUCAAAUCCCCGGCGUCAAUGGCGACGCCCACCGCUCCACCAUCUUUCUCAUUCCCGGAGCACAGCACUACCACCUUCCCGAAGGAGAGUUUCGGCCUGCCUCAUCCAUCGAUUCUGUUGGGAGCCUUCGGGAGGCCAAUAUUGGAGCAGCACCUAAGCAGCAUUCAUUACAGUGGCACAGCGUUGAACAGCGCAGGCUGGACCCAUCGCCGGGCAUCGGCAUCUACAGUACGGGCAGCAUCCACCAUCACAGCCAACCGCCCGCUCCGGCUUAUGGCGCAGCUUACCGCAGAUUUUAGCGUUCGUCAUUUGCUCCGCAUCAUCGCGGUCGUUUGUCACGGUCGUUACAUGGCUUUGUAGCCAGACGAAAGACCCCAAAGAGGAAGGUGAACUAUUCACUGGACCCUUGCUGAUCGCCUGGCUUUUCAGGUUCCCUUCAUCUUUCCUCAAGUUUCCCAGUAUUUAUUCCAGGUAAGUGGCCUCUUUUUGGAGGCGUUCCUUUCCUUCGCCCACACUCGUCGUCGUCGUUUUGAGACCUUCAAAAUGAUGGGACUUGGACGUCUGCUGGCCGCCACGGCCUGCGUUGCGCAACUAGCCUCCGCUCUUGCGCCCGCUUUUGCGCCCCUGUCUGUCCGGAACCUUCGCUUGUCGUCAGAGAGCGAUCUUGCGCUGGAGCCGGAGGGUGAUUUCACCAUCCAGGAGAGCACCGACCCCACGCUUCUAUACCCGGCCCGGACCAUCAAGGUUCCCGUUGACCACUUCCACAACGACACCAAGUAUGAGCCGCAUACCAACGAUACUUUCGACCUGCGCUACUGGUUCGACGCGACCUACUAUAAGAAGGGAGGUCCCGUCAUUGUUCUAGCUGCCGGUGAGACGAGCGGUGUCGGACGUCUCCAGUUCCUCCAAAAGGGCAUAGUAUACCAGCUCGCCAAGGCGACUGGUGGGGUUGGCGUCAUCCUCGAGCACCGCUACUAUGGCAAGAGUCUGCCUACCUCCGACUUCAGCACGAAGAACCUGCGCUUCCUCACUACUGAUCAAGCGCUAGCCGAUACCGUCUACUUUGCCAAGAACGUCAAGUUCGCCGGUCUUGAGCACCUGGACCUGACUGCGCCCAACACUCCCUACAUUGCCUACGGAGGUUCGUAUGCUGGCGCCUUCGUCGCCUUCCUGCGCAAGCUGUACCCCGAUGUUUACUGGGGGGCCAUUUCCUCGUCCGGUGUCACUGAGGCCAUCUAUGACUAUUGGCAAUACUACGAAGCCGCGCGGAUCUACGGUCCUAAGGACUGUGUGACUGCUACCCAAAAGUUGACCCACGUUGUCGACAACAUCAUCCUCAACAAGGCCAACGCCAGAUACGUGCAGAAGCUCAAGGAUACAUUCGGUCUCGGCAACCUCACCCACACCGAUGACUUUGCCAACACCAUCAGCUUCGGCAUCGCAGGACUGCAAUCCACCAACUGGGAUCCCGCGUUGAACGACACCUCAUACGGCGAAUACUGCAACAAUGUCAGCUCCAAUGCGCUGCUGUAUCCCGAGACGGCUCGUCUUGAGAAGGACGUCCAGGAGCUCUUGACUGUUGGCGGAUACGGCAAGGAGGUCAAGACGCUUACAAAUCAGUUUUUGAACUACAUUGGCUAUGUCAAUGUCACCUCAGUCCAGUCGUGCGACGGGGAUCAGAAUGCCUGCUUUACCUCCUAUGACAGUGAAUUCUACAAGAAGGACGAUCUUAAGCAGACGUGGCGCUUGUGGCUGUAUCAGGUUUGCGAUCAAUGGGGCUUCCUCCAAACCGGGUCCGGUGUUCCGCACAACCAGCUCCCGCUGAUCUCCCGCGCUAUCGACCUCAACUACACGUCCAUCGCCUGCCGCGAGGCCUUCAACAUCAACAAGCCUUCGGACGUCGAGUCCAUCAACAAGUACGGUGGCUUCGGCAUCAGCUACCCGCGCCUGGCCAUCAUUGACGGCGAGAAGGACCCCUGGCGCGCGGCCACCCCGCACGCCAUCGGCCUCAAGGAUCGCAAGAGCACCAUCAGCGAACCCUUUAUCCUGAUCAAGGACGGCGUGCACCACUGGGACGAGAACGGCCUGUUCCCCAACGAGACCGCCCCCAACUUCCCCCCUAAGCCGGUGGAGGAGACGCAGAGGGCCAUCAAGAACUUUGUGCAGGCUUGGCUUCAGGACUUUAAGAAGAGCGGGCAUGGACAUGGACAUGGAAGUACGAAGCCUUGAGAAGCCCAUGUAUCGAGGGUCGACUAGUGGCUUGUGUUGUGAACGGGUGUCAUACUAACCUUUUCCCAGGUGCCGGCGUCCAUGAUGAGCAGCAGGUUUUAGGGGACUUGUGACGGAAAGGCAUGUUGAGCGGGAUCAUUAACCGAGCAAGCAUGCUUAAAUUAAAUACAAAGCAUCUGGAUAGCAGUGAGCGGAAAGAGUCUUGGAUACCGUACACAGGUUCAUGAAUAUGUAUGUUGAUGUAUACUCAAUACACCUCUUUGUAUUUCUUGUUACGAUCUUUGCCGCUGUACCUACAAUUCAGAGAACAGGAGAGCCUUCAAGACGAGCAAUUGGACCAAUGAUGGCAAUUCGUGGGUCAAGGUGGUAAAGAAGAGGAGUUACGUUCCACUGUCCGGAAUAAG